UUUAUUUUUUUUUAUUUAUGUUUUUACACUCACAGGACUAUUUACUCGGUAAUAUGAAUCGCGGGACGUUCUUUGCCACCACAGGUUUUUUUAUUGGUAUCGCAGGUUUGUCGUUUGCCAUUAUCGCUCUCGCCACCACAAGGUGGCGCUGGGACACUUCUACAGGUCGUCAGAAUGGAUUGUUCGAAUCAUGUUUGAUUGGUGGACGGGAAUUUUGCAUCACUUCAACAACUAGAUAUGAGCCUUACGUACAAGCAACACAAGCCUUUCUUAUCAUGGGAUGUAUUUGUUCUUUCCUCGGUUUGAUCGUGAACCUCUUAAAUGCAUGUGGGAAAGGAACAAGUAAAUGUCAUUUGUACGCAGGAAUACUUUAUAUACUCUCAGGCGUUUUCCUGCUGGUAGCUUGCGCGGUAUACACUGGAGAGAGCAGACCAAAGCUAGCUGCUGUCGAGGUAUUCGGCUACUCUCUUUGGUUGGCAUGGGCUUCACUUAUCAUCCAUUUGCUGGUGGUUCCGUUCGCCUUUCUGUCGAAAGACCGUAAAUUUGAAUAUGUCUAGGGCAAGCGUACCUAUUAAACUGAUCGAAAGAAAAAUGUUUCAAAUGUUUUUCUAACCAAAUAUUUGAUACAGAUUUUACAAUCAGUUCUAAAUAACAAAUCCUAACCAAAUACUUGUUGCUUAUACAUAUAUUUACCAAAUUAUAAAUAGAACUCUUGUACUUGUACAAUGACCGUGAACAUUUACACGCGAAAUGUGCUUUAAUUUUGUACUGCCAAUGUACGUAGCUAUUCACUACAAAAAUGCUGUAGUUUCAUUAUAAAUAAAUUGUAAUAAAACAGAUUACAGUUUUAACGGUAAA